AUGGAUACGCAAAUCAAAUCUGUUAGAGAAGAAGUCGAAAACGUGCAACUUCUUCUGAUUGCGAUUGAUCGUCAAACUGGGAAUCACGAAGUAGAUCGAUUGAUUCAAGAUGCAAAUAGUAGUCUAAUUAAAACAGAAACACACAUGUUUCGACUCGAAUCACAGUUGGGAAGAGAGCCGCCAGCGAUUCGACAAAUGGCAUCAUUCAAAGUAGAUCAGUUGAAAAGUGACGUUUAUCUCAUCAAAAGUUCCCUGCGCACAAUGACAAAUCGUCAUGAUAAUCGAAAGAAACAAGCCGAAGAAAAAGAAGAACUAUUGAAACGAAGAUUCACAACAAAUCAAGAAACACGCGUGAAUUUAGGAUUCGACCAUGAAUUGAAUAUGAACGAGAAGCUGAAAUAUUCUGAUAACAUGCUCGACCAGAUGAUUGCUCAAGGAGCUAGCAUCUUCGAAGAUCUUCAGCAACAAAAGUUCAGUUUGUUGAGCAUAAACAAACGAUUACAUUUUUUGACAAAAUCACUCGGUUUGUCAGAUACUACGAUUCGACUCAUCGAAAAACGCGUGCGAGAAGACAAGAAGCUAUUCUACAUCGGUGUAACUUGUUGCUUGAUUUUCAUGUUUUGUUUCUACUACUGGUGGCAAUAUUGCUAG